AUGAAGAUGCUCAACUACACCACUUACCAGAGUUACCAAUGCAUCAACUACCUCGAGUCUUCACGCUCCAUGAGACAGAUCAACUACACGACGCCCAAGGCUGGCAUCGUGGGGUUGAUCGGGACUGUCGCGUCGGAAUGGAGAUGCAUAUAUCAUUUGAUCUUUGCCAUCCAAGAUGCCCGCGCACAGGCUGAGCGCACCUUGAGUAUCAAAGCGUUCAAGCUCUCGUACCAGCUCCCCGUGCGAUUCUCCCACACGCUAGACACCGCAAAACGCGCUACUCGGGCGCUCGACUGGGCAGUCUUCACGGGGGAGGUCGGGUCGCUUUUUACAAUUAGGGAUGGCGCGUACUUCCCAACGGAAUGUGAUGUUGAGGAUCAUCUCCCGACAAGGGAGAGGACGGCGGUCUCCCCACGUCGGCCGCAGGGGGUGCAGAUUUCUGGGAUCUGUUUUCCAGUAGCCUAG